AGUAAAUAGAGAGAGAAGCCUUCAAGAUGGCUGACUCUCUGAGUUCCGUUCUCCUCGGCGGAGCAAACCUCGUCAAAAGCCCGCUCCCGAAGACCACCGAGGCGAAGAGAGCCCCCGACAACCGCUCCCAGUCUUGCCGGGACUUCACCGCACCGCCGCCCAAGAAGCUCCGAGUCGAGGAGAGGAGCGUGAAACCAAAGAAAGUCAUCCGGGAUGGAGGGCUACUGGGAGGCAACUGCAGCGGCGCGGAGAAACUCCAGCAGCAGCCGAGGAAGCAGGCGAGUCCCGCGGGCUUAUGGAGCCUCAAUUCGAGCCUUGUGGGAAGCCAAGCACCUCCGAAUGCUCACAAAAUGUUAAAGCAGAGCGACUUAUUCCUCCACAAGACGCCUUCUGGAAAGACCAAGAAGCCGAGCAAGGAUAAAGAGAGGGUGAAGGGGAGCGGAGAAGUGAAAAAGAAACUGUUCUUCACCCCGGGGAGCAACGCUAGCAGCGACCCAGGCAGAUUUAACCACAUUUCUGCGGUGAAACGACAAAAUGGAGAUGCUACGUUACCACCAAAAGGUCUCCUGCUCCCCGGCAAGACAAAAGAACGAGAUCGAGAGGAGCGCGAGGAGAAGAAGAAGAAGCACAAAGCAAUGAAUGACAUCAAGAGGGAGAAUGGUGAAGUCAAGACACCCAUUAAAGAUGGCGAAGUCAAAGCCAAGAUCAACUCGGAACUGCAAAUCAAAAAAGUCAAGAAGAAAAAGAAGAAGAAACACAAAGAGGGCGAGAAGCACAAGCGAGUGAAGAUGUACCACCGCUCAUGUCAAACCAUUUGUGCCGGCCUGCUCCUUCUCCCCUCUCCUCCUCCUCCUCCUCCUCCUCCACUUACCAAUUCCUCCGACGCCGUGUCUCCAUUCAAAUCACCGCUUCCAGUUUGCCCCAACGACAAAAGCACACACCUUCACCCUUCUCCUGUCACCUCAUUCGCUAACUCUUCCCAGCACAAGAUGUGGCAUGCUUCUCCAAACAAGCACCCUGUGCGCUGCAUCCAUCCAGGAAUGGCCGGUUUGGAGUUUGCGCCUUACAUCCAUAUUGAGUGUCAACCUAACGGAGGGGCCCUAGUGGCCCACGCGUACGCCUCGCAACUCUCCUUGCUCUCCCCGACCCAGCGGCAAAGGUUUGCCCAGGAGUUUGUCAAAUUAUCAUUCAGCGAGGACUCGUCACAGGCUGCUCAUUAUGUCAUGGGUAUCAUCCACGGAGAGGCCGCCUACCUGCCGGAUUUCCUGGAGUAUUUCUCCACCAACUUCCCAUCAGCGCCGGUCAAAAAGGAGAUCCUGGGAAAGAAGGACAUAGAAACCACCACCAUGGCUAAUUUCUACUCUCAGGUGAAGAGAACCUACAGUCACGGCACAUACCGAGCCGGCGCCAUGCGACAGAUCAGCCUGGUUGGAGCCGUGGACGAGGAGGUGGGGAACUUCUUCCCAGAAUUCCUCGGCAUGCUGGAAGAGUCGCCCUUCCUCAAGCGGACUCUUCCAUGGGGGACGUUAUCCAGUCUAAGCCUGAUGAGUCCCGAUGAGAGCGACGAUGGGCCCAUUAUGUGGGUCAGACCGGGAGAGCAGAUGAUACCUGUUGCAGACAUACCAAAGUCACCUUUUAAAAGAAAACGCUCCACCAACGAGGUGAAAAACCUCCUCCAGUCCCUGCCCAGGACCAGCGAGCCCAGAGAGAUGUUGUUCGAGGACAGGACGCGAGCCCAUGCCGACCACAUCGGCCAAGGUUUCGAGCGUCAGACGACGGCGGCGGUAGGCGUGCUGAAGGCCGUGUGUUUCAAAGAAGGCUCAGAGCCUCCUCGCGUAACCAAAGACGUUGUGUGCUUCCACGCCGCUGAGUUCCCGUACGUGGUUCAGCGGCUACAGUUGGAUCUAUAUGAACCUCCGCUCUCUCAGUGUGUGCAGUGGGUGGACGACGCCAAGCUAAACCAGCUACGCCGCGAGGGCAUCCGCUACGCUCGCAUCCGCCUGUGUCACGACGACGUAUACUUCAUCCCCCGCAACGUGGUCCACCAGUUCAAGACGGUGUCGGCCGUCUGCAGCCUGGCCUGGCACGUUCGCUUGAGGCAGUAUCACCAAGGAGAUGUGGACGAGGAGGAAAAGGAGGCAGAGAAGAGUGAAGAAGAGGCCAAGGAGAGGAUAAAGGAGGUGGAGGUGGACGCUGAAAACGCAAACAGGACGUUGCACCAUUCACCACUUUUGCCUCGCGCAGAGGACUCGGAAGCGAGCGGAGCAAGCAAUAAGGAUCAGAAGGAAGAACAAUCGCAUCAGAUUAAUGUCAAAGUAGAACUUCCUAAAACGGACAAAUCCACUUCUCCUCUUCUUAAGGACGCACCGGCCUCUCCUCAUCCUCCUUCUGAUGCAAAAUCAUCAACACCCAGCCAUCAUCACCACUUCCCGCAUCAUCAAGAGAGAGAGAGAACCGCCACGUCGCCUUCCAGUUUAUCGUCUUUGUUAGCUGCUCCCAAUCCAUCUUCUUCUUCCUCUUCAUCACCGAGUUCCACACCUGCACCGGACUCUCAUCCUCCUUCCUCAGAUUCCGCGUCAUCCCAAAUCGUCCCGCCCCCUCAGAAGGAUAAACACUCACCCCGCAUCAAUCCGGAAGUGGUCUCCAACAGGUGGACUUCGAUGCCAUUGGAGGUUCACGCCCCCGUCAGCUCCCAUGGUGACAUGCGGACUCACACGCUCGCGGAAAAAUGGACUCACGGUGCCGAGGCAAGCCCGAGGACCUUCACGCCGCUUCAUCUGGACGCAGCGAGGCACGUGCAGCAAUACCCCCAUCCUCCACCUCAUCUCCCUCACAUGCUCCCCCCCUCCUACUCCCCCCUGCUGCCUCACACCCACCUCCCCCACGGGCCUCCCCAAAAUCUGCCCCACUUCCUCGGUCAGGCGCAUCACAUCAGCCAGCUCCACCUGGACCCCAGCGGGCAGUCCCAGCCCUACUACCCCCACACUCCGCUCCCGCCGCUACCCCCCCACCCACACCACCAGUUCCACCCGCACGCCAAGCCCUUCUACCCCUCGCACUUCCCCUUCCUCCCAUCCCAGACGUUCCACCAGCACCCGCCCGCCUCUUUCCUGCCUCAGUACCAGCCCCCAGCGCCCGCGCCCUCACCCUCCCUCCCGCCGCCUCACUCCUUCCCGCCUCCUCCCCCGCCGCCGCCCUCUGCGGCACAGUCCCCGCCUCCCCCGCCGCCCCCUCUGCCACCCCCUCUGCCCCCAGCUCCUCCAAAGUGCGAGGAGGAGCAGAGUUUAUAGUUUCCGGAUUAAAAAAAAAAUGUAUAGUUUUUAUUUGGUUGGUGUAAAGCAAUGUAAAAAGGAAAACGAUUUAACACAAUUUAAGUGUUCUUUUAGAUAGUACCGAUGAUUGGAGCUUUUAUUUUUUUUGUACAGCUCACGGAAAGGGUUCAGCCGUUGGGCAUUCAGGAAGUGCCCCAAUUCACCGCUUCCUUCUAGCCAGUGACGAAAGAUGAAUUAUCUGUAAUUUACCAGCCCUGGUUUAUGCGUCAGCCUUGCAUUGUUUCCAAGCCACUGAUGAGUCAUUGCGUCUGAAUAUUAGCAGCAAUGUUGUAAUCAUGUCUGCUCAGCUUAAAUACUGAUGACUGCAAAGAGAAUAGAAAAUGACACAAUCAGGAAGAAUCCUAAAUUGUAAUUGUUCAACGUUGCACACAUGCAGCGUACGUAUAUCGCUACUUCCUAAACGUAAGUCAGUUCUUCCAAGACGUUUCUACGCGUCACGUCUAUAGUUUAUUUGCUUAUUAUGAAUGUUUGAUACUUCCAAAAAAAAAAGCACUUAGUCACAGACAUUCUGUUUCCAAAACUACUAUGUGUCGCUCAUGGAAUGUUUCUUCCUCUUCCCACAUGCUAAUGUAGCCCACAACAUUCCCCUUCUAGUGCCUGUCCUCAUGGAAUGUUCAUAGAAGAGACUUUGUCCUUUUCAUCAAGUUCCUGCUUUGUGACUCUUUUCCCACUGGACAAUUAGACCAAAGCCUUAAAAAAAAAUCUGCAGCUUUUCUGAGGAACUUCCCAGAAACCCAGUUGAGUUUUCCACUAUUUUAGUCUCACUGCUCGAGUGGAAAAAUCUUUCCCAAAAUAAUAACAUGUAAGCUAAAGCCUCAUUUUUUUAUUUUUUUGCCCCUCUUUGAAAGCUUCACUUGAGGUGGAGCACUUGAUGCGCCUUUUGGGGUUCAAAAAAAAAACAAAAAAAAAUCUGACAUGAUCUUUAUAUAUUUUUUGUACAGUAGAAAGUCUUGAGGGACUUUUCAGGAUUUAUUUAUCUGUUUUUCUAUUUGGUUUCAGCACUGUAGUGUACAUAAGAGGUUUUGUAAAGCGUUUCUACUUUAAAUAAAUAAGAGCCUAACUAAUAAAAAGGUUCACUGGGUUAACUAUGAUUGGUUGUC